AGCCCAUUGGCGAGCGGGGGGUCGGGGCGCCUUGAGGCAACAUGGCGGCGGCAGUUGGGGAGCCGGGGUCUAGGCGCGUGGGCUUCGUGGGCGCCGGCCGCAUGGCGGAGGCCAUCGCGCACGGCCUCAUCCGAGCAGGAAAAGUGGAAGCCCGUCACGUGCUGGCCAGCGCACCAACCGACAGGAACCUCUGUCACUUCCAGGCUCUGGGCUGCCAGACCACCCACUCCAACCCGGAGGUGCUUCAGAGCUGCUCGCUCGUCUUCUUUGCCACCAAGCCCCACGUCUUGCCAGCCGUCCUGGCAGAGGUGGCCCACGCGGUCACCUCUGAGCACAUCGUGGUGUCUGUGGCUGCUGGGGUCUCUCUGAGUGCCCUGGAGGAGCUGCUGCCCCCGGCCACACGGGUGCUGCGGCUCUCGCCCAACCUGCCCUGCGUGGUCCAGGAGGGGGCCAUGGUGUUGGCCCGUGGGCGCCAUGCCAGGAACAGUGAGGUCGAGCUCGUGCGGUCUCUGCUGGAGGCCUGUGGGCAGUGCGAGGAGGUGCCCGAAGCCCAAGUGGACAUCCACACUGGCCUUAGUGGCAGUGGCGUGGCCUUCGUGUGCCUGUUCUCCGAGGCCCUUGCUGAGGGGGCCGUCAAGAUGGGCAUGCCCAGUGGCCUGGCUCACCGCAUCGCCGCCCAGACCCUGCUGGGCACGGCCAAGAUGCUGCUGCAGCAGGGGCGGCACCCUGCGCAGCUGCGGACAGACGUGUGCACGCCCGGCGGCACCACCAUUCACGGCCUCCACGCCCUGGAGCGGGGAGGGCUGCGGGCAGCCACCAUGAGCGCCGUGGAGGCCGCCAUCUGCCGGGCCAAGGAGCUCAGCAGGAAGUAAGGAGCGGGUGCCGGACGAGGGCCUCAGCCCCCGGGUGCCUGGCGCAGCCCGGCCCCUCCCUGAAGACUGCGGUUCUCUGCGAUCCCCAGGAGCCCUGCUGGAUGCACCCUGCUUCCCCCACAGGAAACUCGAGGGGGCUGGGGGGGCCCCUUGGCGGUGGGGACCCCCGCCCUGCCACCCAGGCACAAGGCCUCGUGCUGAUGGCCCAUGUGGGGCGCCCCUGGCAGAGACGUGAGCAGAGCUCCCUGCGCAGCAGUAGCUGUGCAACUGCAGCCGGCUCGGGGGCGGGGACAAGGGUGUCCACGGGAGACCCGCCCCCUCAGUAGAGCCAGCGGUGCCGGGCCGUCACAUCUGCCCUGUCCCUGGGUUGGCCUGCGGCUGGGUUGGGGCUGCCCCAUGUUGGGAGGGUGGGCCUCGGCCAGCAGGGGCCACAUGCUUGGCUGCAGCUGGGUUGUGGCCCCCCCCGCCCCGACCCUCAGCUCCUGGCAGGUGGCAGAUGGAGCUGGCCCUGAUGACCCUUCUCGGUCAGAGUCCUCGAGGGUCCCAAGGCCUGGCCUCUGACCGCAGGACCUCACCUCCAGCACAUCCCUGGAUGGACCAGUAGGCCAGGAAUGGCCCAAAGCAAGGCUGCAGAACCUCUGGGGGGGGUGGGCGCCUGCAGCUUCCUCCCCAGCACUGCCCACAAGGCCUCUGGGCCUCUUCGCCCGCACAGCCGCCACUGCCCCCACCACUGAGGCUUGGGGAGAGGAGCCUGCCUGUGGGUCGGGGGAGACCCCUGCGCGAUGGCGCCCUCCUGCUCGUCUGCCCUCCACGCGGUCGUCUCUGGCCCCCGCCCUGUUCCCACCGUACUUUGGUCUGACCCUGCGUGGGCCUGAGUCCGACCCCACACCCGGUUUCCUUCCUGGGAGGUGGGAAUAAAGCCGAUGAAUG